AUGCGCGAGAUGCGCGAGAUGUCCGAGAUGUCCGACGAGUCCGAAUCUGGUGGCUUUGGCCAUCCCCUGUCUACUGCGACCGUGAUCGAUCACGACGUCGAUGGAGGAAAGAGCGCGACCAGAGCAAUCAAGCCAACACCCCUCCCGGACCGCCUGCGAAAGUUGAGUUGUCGCGAGUGCCGUCGACGGAAGGUCAAGUGUAAUCGUCGGCACCCAUGCACCAACUGUGUCAAAGCGGAAAGCCAAUGUGUCUUUCCUGAGACCAGGCGAUGUCCAGUCAGGCCUAAAAAAUCAAAGGCUCAAUCUGACGAGCCCGUUGCAUCGUUCAGUAAACCUCAAGCCUUGGAUAAUCUCUCUGCAACCCCAGAGUACAGACGACGGGAGAGAAAGAAUGUGUCGGCAGCGACACCUUCAAAGGUCCUACUCGAUGACCUAACAACUAACGAGGACCCGGCACGGCUGGUGAUCGACCAGGACCGGAGUAUGUACAUCAGUAACAGCUUCUGGGCAAAUAUGUCAAGAGAGAUCGAGGAGAUGCAUCAUGUCCUGAGUGGGGCGUCAUCUGACCACGACGAAGAGGCAGAAAGAGGAGAAAGAAACGCAGAAGAGGAAGGGGAUGGGGGGAGUGGACAGGGAGACAGAGAAGGAGAAGAAGAACAAGACGAAGCACAAAAGGAAGAGACUGAACUCGCCGAGAGAUCCAGGAGACCGCGGGUCCUCCAUCCUAGUUCUCAGUCUUUCGUUUUUGGCCCGAUGUCGUGGACGAUGACACUGGGUUAUUGUUAUCCAACCUCCACGCAGCUAUUAACCUUGUUCGACAUUUUCUUGGACAACGUCGAUCCGGUUCUCAAAAUCUUCCAUCGCCCGACCUUGCGAUCGACAAUACUUGGAGCGUUACCACGUCUCCCGGAAAUCGCCAAGACCACCGAGGUCCUUAUGUUUUCGCUGCUUUAUGCUUCAGUGACAAGUUUGACCAGUGACGAUUGUAGGAAACUGCUUGGAGAAGAGAAAACUAAAAUGCUUGCACGGUACAGAUUCGCCACGGAACAGUCGCUGGCGCGUGCACGGUUCCUGGAGUCUCAGAGUUUGACAAUACUCGCCUCUUUGGUUCUCUUCCUCUUUUGCGUCCGCCGACAUGAUCAUUCGCGCCUUGUAUCGGCACUCCUGGGAGUGGCUAUUCGCAAUGCUCAGGCUAUGGGUUUGCACCGAGAUGGGACCCGAUUUCGACUUUCACCUUUUGAGACUGAGAUGCGGCGCCGUCUUUGGUGGCAUAUAUGUGUGCUGGACCUCAGAUCGUCCGAGGACAACGGGUCUGAACCAACUAUCUUUGACAAUUACGAUACGGAAUUUCCUUCAAAUAUAAACGAUGCGGAACUCUCUCCCGAAGACACUGACGCUAAACCAGAGAGGACCGGCUACACGGACAUGACAUUUUGUCUGGUCCGCUUUGAGGUGACAAUCGCCAUUCGCAAAUUGCAUUACCACGCGCCGAUCGGUGGUCGUGGUGCCGACCUAACCAUGGCGCAGAGACAACAGAUGGUACAGUCCAUUGAGGAUCGAUUUUACGACCGUUACAUCAAGCACUGUGACAUCACGCAGCCGGUCGACUGGGUGUCUGCCACCUGGGCCCGGCUGAUGUUGGCCAAGAUGUGGCUGGCCGCGAGCUACCGUUCUCUUUUCAAGAAUGGCGGCUGUGACCCCAACAUCGCUGAUUCGCGGCAUUUUGUUUUUGGAAAGGCGGUGGAAGUCUUGGAGCUGUCGGAUUUGCUGGAGACAAGUCAACGAGCCUCACGCUGGCUCUGGCUGUUCUUGACACAUUCACAAUGGCAUGCUGUUGCGUUUGUCUUGGCUUACCUCUGUGAGAGGCCCGAUGAUGCCAUUUCAACUCGCGCAUGGCUCGUGGUCGAGAGGGUCUAUGAGAGAUGGUCUACAGACAUGCGGGCAGAGAAAGGCAUGCUUUGGGAACCGCUACAGCGACUCCUUCACAACGCCAACAGGGUCCGAACAAAGGAGUCUAGCCGAAGUCAGCUCACACGAAGGCCAUCCUACAACGACUCUCGUGCGGGACCAGCCGAAUACCCUGUACGCACCGAUAAUCCUCUCCUGGAGCCACUACCCACUGCGCACCCCGAACUUUGGAACAACCAAAACGUAACGAGAAAUCGCGGGGCAAUCGUUUUACAUUCUGCACCAUCUUCGUCACGACUUCACAACUCGUCAUUCACACAAGACCCUGCUGGAAAGAAUGUGGACGUCUCUCUGCCCACGGAGUCAAUGAUGCCUGACGGCACAAGCCAGAGCCUGAAUAUGCACAGUACCAGCUCCGAUCUCGCAAGCAACUCUGAGUAUUUUGAUGCGCAGAUGAUGUGGCGUGACUGGGACCAUACUAUGCAGGACUUUCAAGCCAACUUCGCCAUGAGUCCAGUGCUGGAGCCCAUCAACCUAUCAGAAACCAUGCCUGGGUUUGGUCUCAACUUUUGGGAGUCUAUCUAG